UAUAAAAAGUAAACAAUAACUCAUUAUAAUACAGUAAAAACUCCAAAAAUAACAUUAAAAGAAUCAAUAAUAUCAAGUCAUAGCAUACCGUGGCCCCAGCGCUCAGUCGUCUGGGCUGCGUAGCGGUGACCGGUCGUCACGCGCUACGCUGUAGCUCCCGUAGCCGCCGUGAUCGUAGCCGCUACGAUAAAUUGAAAAUGUAACGUGUGAACUAAAUACAAAGUGUUAAUUUAAAAAUGCAGUGGAACAUUUGUGUGUUUUUGUGCUUGGUAGCGGUGAUGGUGGUCGUAGCAAAUCCGGCCAAAAUGGAUUCCAAACGGGACCACUGCAACAAGACAGUGGAGAUCUACGAAGAUGUGUCAUCCCCUCCUGUCACACCUGAGAAUUUCGGCCGACCACUGACUUGCACAUACAGGUUUAGAGCAUUUCGAGGGUCACCAAAAGACUGGAUUCUGAGGAUACGGUUCAAAAAGUUCAAAGUCGGUACACUUAUCAACGGAACCACGUGUCACAAAGGAUACAUGCAGAUCGUCGACGGCAAUGCUAAGACCGACGUCUCCAACCGUAAGGAACCCGGACUAUUCUGUGGUGAAAUCGAACAGCCCCAGACCUUCAUCUCGGAGACCAACUUCGUGAAGAUCGUCUUCCAUGCUGACAACUUCACCGAUCAGACCUACUUCAGCUUCGAUUCAAGAGCGGAGCAGCAGUUUGAGGUGUAUCUUCGAUAUGGUCAGCAUCCAGAGCUCUAUCCGAACAGAAGAGGAGAAGUUGUUGCAGGGUCAUAUUGCGAGCGAGUAUUCCGAGACUGCCGCCUGCAGACAUGCUACGUGCAGUCUGCGGCUUAUCCAGGAGUCUACCCGAGGAACUUGCAUUGCAGAUACCAUCUUAAUACCCGGCUGCCUUACAUAAAGCUGUAUAUCGAGAAUGAGGAGUUCAAUAUCGACGGGCAGCGAUGCGAGAACAUCAUGACGUGUCCAAUGAGGCCUAUUACUUCGGGAGCAGAAAACUGCCCGUACGACUACAUAAAGAUAUACGACGGCAAAGACGAGUCCGCCUUCGUAAUCGGAACGUUCUGCGGAAUGGGAAAAUUCCCCUACUCCAUCAUCGGGACUUCGCAGGAUCUGUUCGUGGAAUUCGUCAGUUCACCUGCAGGUCCUCUUCUCAACACCGGCUUUCACUUCAACGUCGGUAACUGGCCAGGCCACGUCGAAGCCCCAGGGUCCAAGGUCGGCAAGUGCGAUUGGCUCCUAACAGCCGAAUCCCUGAAGAAGUCAGGGGAUACGGAGGGCAUCUUCCUCUCUGUGGCCCAUUGGUAUCCUCCACACACGUCGUGCACUUAUCUGAUGCAGGGAUUGCCUGGACAAGUUGUGAGGCUGUAUUUCCCAAGCUUCCGGAUAAACAGGAUAGAGUCCCCAAUAGUGCCAUGGACUGGUGACUGUGGAGAAUCCCUUACCCUAUACGACGCCCCUAGACCUGACGACGCCAGGAUCAUCAAAACGUUCUGCGACACCUUCAGUAGACCGAUGGAAAAACAUGACUUUGUGUCCACCGGGAAUGCCAUGUUUGUUAGAUUUGAGAGCAAGACUGGAAGCUACAGCGGAUCUUCACUAUAUUACUGGGCUCAUUACGACUUCUUUAAUAACACUCGCUUCGGCGAGCCGGUACAAGGCACUGCAUGCGAUGAAGUCAUAGCAUCGUGGAAGCAAAGGGCUGGUCGACUCAGGUCGCCUCUUAACACGCUGGUGUACAAGCAAGCACCGCCGGGCGAGGACGUACAUUGCUUGUAUAGAUUCGUCACUGACAAGAGAAUCUACGCGAGAGUCAUAUUGACGAUCCUGAGCAUCAAUUUCAAGGAGCAUCCAUACACUCCAGUAUCCUGUCAAAAUUGCUACGAAGACCGCGCGGAUAAAUUAAUAGUCUGGGAACCAACUGCCGGUGGAAGAAGCUUAAAUGCUUCUUUGGGAGUUAGCACCACGCCUUUACCUCUACAUCUUGCAGUUCAAAGAUCACUGGGGUCAUGUCUUUGCGCCAAGCACUCUAAUACAGUAUCACGCGCCAGGCCAUAUAGAGUGGUUUCGUCAGGAGAGUCAUUGAAUCUGCAACUGAUUGUAGAUAAUGCUCAUGCUGCUGCGUCAUACUUCAAAAAUCCAUCUCCACUCUUUGAAGCACGAUAUGAAUUCGUUCAUGGACCCCUUUGCGGACCGGCAGUCCUCGCAGCUGCUUCCGACGGAGAAAUUGUCUAUCCUCAUUUAGAAGCUUUAGGGUACACAGAGCCACCGAAACGAAUUCAAUGUAUUUGGGAUUUAGAAAUUGAAGAGAAACGAGAUAUUUGGCUUCAUUUUGAUAGCAUCAAGUUUGCGUCACGCCAUUGUGAUGAAGGGAAUAUUCAGAUUUACCUACCUGGCAGAGUGGAGCCUUAUUUGUCAGUUUGUGGUGAAAAUGUAUCUUUAGCUCGAGAAUUGCCCAUAUUGUCAGCGGGUGAGCUUGGAUUUGAGUCGUUAGAUGAUCCUCUAGUUAUUGAAAAGGAAAAGACGAGAUCUAUUAGAAUAGUUUUCAUCGGCAGCGCGUCUCCCGCUCGAGCUAAUUUCAAAAUCGCUUGGACUGGACUGUACCACUUGCCCAAAAACUCUGAUGGCACACUAAUGACAUCUCGUUUGACCGAUGGCUCUGGAAUGAAAACAACAGAUUCAAUGCAUGGCUGCGAUUUUAUAUGUCCUGGCGAAGCUUUGUGUAUUCCAGCCAGACUGAUUUGUAAUGGCGUCGUCAAUUGCCCCAACGUGACAAGUACAGAACGAAAGUUCUGGACGACAGAAGAGAAGGCAGCUAGAGAGGCGUAUUCGGAAGACAGUUUGCGCCGUUUAGGUUACUUAGAUUUGUUGAAUGGGAUACCUUUAGGGCAGUUGCAUGAUGAGGCGCCUGAGUUGUGUGCAGGGGCGAGAAGUGCUGGUGGAGGUGAUUGGAUGGCGCCAGCUUUAGGAGCAGGGCUGGCGAUUGCUUUAGGUGUGUUGGCGUUAGGUGCUGCUUGGCGUCUUUGCUGCCGCAAGCGGUCGCCUGAUGAAGAAUCCCUGGAUUACUGACAUGGGGCCCGCGGCGCGCCGCACGCGCCGCGCUCCCUCCACUCCCGCUCUACCUCCCGAGAUUUCCCUCAGGACUGGAGCUUACAUUGACAGACGCUGUACUGAGCCCCGGAGCCCUCCUUAGUUGAUUAUUGAACAAUCGCGAGUAACGAUCGUAGCAUCGCGUGACUGCCGUGUGAGGUUGAAGUGUAUAAUGUGCUGUAAAUCAGUGGGGUUUGCUGCAGUGCACUUUUAAUCUUAUUUUAUCUACAGUCAUCUAUGCUAUAGGUACCGGUGAAGUUAAAAAGUUCUUAUACUUGUGACUUUUAACUUAGCACAUCAAAGUAUAGGUAUAUGCCCGUUCUUUGUUGUCUUUUAAGGAGGGUCUGUUUUUAGGAGCUCAAAGUUUUGUAAUUAGUGUAUAUAACCCAUUAUUAAUCGUAAAAUGCUUGACAAAUCAUAGGUUAGGACCGUGAUAGUAGCCAAGCAGUUAAAAUAUUUAAAUAAGCAAGCUGUCUCAGUUUUUCAUUGUAUUCGAUAUCAUCAAGAGGUCAUUGUCAUUAGGGUAAAUUUAACAGUAAUGGAAUUAUAAAGCUUAUUGUUGCAUGUGACUAUGUUCAAUUUGUAUGACUAGGUUCCCGGUUGUGCCGUGUUACCCUAGAUUAUUCGACUUGUGCAUUAGGAAGGAUUAUGUUUUUUGAUAUUGUUAUAUCAUCAAGAUACAAAUUCUUAUCCUGAAUCCAUAGUUUCUUAAGAACUACCCAUUGAUAUUUUAUAUGGAAUUAUUUUCUGUAAUAAUAUUUUGAAAUUAUUGAAUUGAAUAAUUACUGCGGACAUUAAGA